ACUGCACCAAGCCAGAUCACACUUGAAGGUUGUCAUUCACUGUUGUAUCUCUAAACUGUAGAUUGUCCUGAGGCGCAGAGCAACCCUCUACGUGGUGAACCUCCUGAUCCCCAGCUGCUUCCUCAUCACUGUGGAUCUCUUCAGCUUCCUGCUGCCUCCCCAGAACGUGGACCGCGCCUCCUUCAAGAUGACCCUUAUUUUGGGCUACUCGGUCUUCCUGCUCAUCAUAAAUAACCUGCUGCCAGUCACAGGAAGCACCAUUCCACUGAUAAAUGUGUUUUUCGCCAUCUGCUUGGCUCUGAUGGUGGCCAGCCUGUUGGAAACUAUUCUCAUCACCAACCUCCUGGUCGGCUCCAGUAACUUCCACCCAGUGCCUGGCUGGGUCCGAGUGCUCGUCCUUCACUUCAUGGGCACCCUCGUCUGGCUGCCUCAGAAAUCAAGAGAGGACAAGAUCAUCCUCAAUCCAGUUGCAGGAGACGUGAAAGUCUGCCCUCUAGUGUCAGUGGAGAGACAGGUUCAAACAGGAGAACAAGGUGAGAUGUGGGCAGAGGCAGGCAAUUCAGCCCUGGCGGAGCUGAGGAAGCUGGGCAAUGAGCUGCAGUCCAUCCGCAUCCAGGUGGCCCAGCAUGUGGACGGGAACCAGAUCUCCCAGGACUGGAUGCAGGUGGGCUACAUCCUCGACCGGCUGCUGUUUGGCGUCUACUGCAUCUUCAUCACCUUCAGCUUCAUCGUCAUCCUCAGCAUCUGGAGUAAUUCGUACAACCAGUGAUGUAAUAAAUAAAAUAGGUGGUUAAACGCCAUUCGUCGGGAAUAAAGUAACGUUCCUUGUAAUUUAUAACCAUUUUUCCAUGAUAGGUGGCUAAAUGUUUGUGUUAAAAUACAAAAUGUGAGGAAAUAGUGCUUACACUCCACUACAGCACCGCGUACAAGACUUAAGAGUCUCCCAUGUUGUUGACUGCUGUUUAGAUUUUAAAACAAUUACCUUAACAUUACCAUAACUUUAACAAUUGUUUGUUUGAUCUUCUGGCUGCACUGAGUAGGUAUGUUGACUUAUAUAUUACUAUA